CCCCUCCCACCCCAGCUCCGCGUUCCCCUGAAGGGCCGGGCUUGGGAACGCAGGUAGGCCUCACGCGCAGCCUCGGCCUCGCGUAGCUCGCCGAGCCGGGGGAUGACGACGGCGACGCCGCGACUGAGGCGAGGCCCUCGCUGAGGAAGAAGGCCGCCGCCGCCGCCGCCAUGCCGGCCAAGAGGAAGCUGGUGCCGCCGGCCCUCAACAUCACCCCCACCAUCGCCGAAGGGCCCAGCCCCACAGGCGGGGAGGGCGACGGCUCCGAAGCACAUCUUGUUGACCUCCAGAAGAAACUGGAAGAACUGGAACUGGAUGAGCAGCAGAAGAAACGGCUGGAGGCUUUUCUCACCCAGAAGGCCAAAGUUGGAGAGCUGAAAGAUGAUGAUUUCGAGAGGAUUUCUGAGCUGGGAGCCGGUAAUGGUGGAGUGGUCACCAAAGUACAACACAAACCCUCAGGGCUAAUCAUGGCACGGAAGCUGAUUCACCUGGAGAUCAAACCUGCCAUCCGAAACCAGAUAAUCCGCGAGCUCCAGGUGCUUCACGAGUGUAACUCUCCAUACAUUGUGGGUUUCUAUGGCGCCUUCUACAGCGAUGGGGAGAUAAGCAUCUGCAUGGAGCAUAUGGAUGGAGGUUCCCUAGAUCAGGUUUUGAAAGAAGCCAAGAGAAUUCCUGAGGAUAUCUUGGGGAAAGUCAGCAUAGCGGUUCUGCGAGGAUUGGCUUACUUACGAGAGAAGCACCAGAUCAUGCACAGGGAUGUGAAGCCUUCUAACAUCCUGGUGAAUUCACGGGGAGAGAUUAAGCUCUGUGAUUUUGGAGUCAGCGGCCAGCUCAUCGACUCCAUGGCGAAUUCCUUCGUGGGCACUCGCUCCUAUAUGUCGCCUGAGCGCUUACAAGGUACUCACUAUUCGGUCCAGUCUGAUAUCUGGAGCAUGGGUCUCUCUCUGGUGGAGCUGUCGAUUGGAAGGUAUCCCAUCCCUCCGCCAGACGCCAAGGAACUGGAAGCGAUAUUCGGCCGCCCCGUGUUCGAUGGGGCAGAAGGGGAAUCCCACAGCAUCUCACCACGGCCCAGGCCCCCAGGACGCCCUGUUAGCGGCCACGGGAUGGACAGUCGACCUGCGAUGGCUAUCUUCGAAUUGCUGGACUACAUAGUUAAUGAGCCACCUCCAAAGCUGCCAAACGGGGUUUUCACUCAAGAGUUCCAGGAGUUUGUAAAUAAAUGCUUAAUUAAAAACCCUGCUGAACGGGCAGAUUUGAAGAAGCUGAUGAAUCACGCCUUUAUCAAGCGCUCCGAAGUGGAAGAGGUGGAUUUCGCCGGCUGGCUCUGUAAGACGCUGCGGUUGAACCAGCCCAGCACUCCCACCCGCACUGCCAUGUGACCGCCAAGCAAGCCGCCUUCUUCCCCUCUACUCCUCCUCCUCCUCCUCUUGUGCAUCUUGCUUGUCUGCUGUCGUCCGUCACCCUUCAGCAGAAGAAAAGAACCCGCCUCUCUCGGCCAGCCUCUCCUCCGCGACCUUUUAUUCUUUAUUUUUGGCUCCGGAACAGCAAAGGCGCCGCAGUUCGGAAGCUGCCCGGUCAUCAUCCAGACAGAGCAGAAAGCGGGCUUGCUUCACCCUCUUCCUGUUCCGUUGUUCAGCUCCAUCCCUCUCCCCGCAGCUGAGUGUGGAUCUCUUCAGAGCUUCUGACUCUGGGCAAAGGAUUGGGGAGGGGGGCGGGUUGUGUACAGCAGCGGUGAGCUGCUUUUUCCUUUUACGUUUGUGUCACCUGUUUGGGGGGAAAGGGACAGGCUGUGCUUUCUUUCCUUUCUUCUUGUGCACUUGCUUCCUGGGUGGGGGGUCUGAGAGGCGCAGGCAGGCUUGCCAGACGGGUGCUGCAGAUGGGUGGAGACACGUGGAGCAGCUUGGGCGGAAGUGGGCAGAUUGGCCAACGGAGCAGUGUGGCAGCUUCGCCGGCCUGGGCUCGGGUCCUUCCUAGAGCCUGCGAGAGGACCGUGCGAUUUUAAGGAAGUUUGUGUUUGGUGGUUGAGAAGCUAGCAGUCAAUUCCUUCCCAUUCUCUCCUCUUCCCCUCCCCACGGUUUCUGCAUUCAGUUUCUUUACAAGAGAAGUUUUUAGUUCAACUUGCCCUCUUUGUGUUUGUGGGAGAGGGAACGUCCACGGCUUCAAGGCGAACGUGGAACCGUCUUCACGUGUGUGUGUGUCAUUUUUACGUACAAAUGCAACACGGGCACCGAGGGGUUGUAUCCGGCACUAGUCGUGCUUGGCGUAGACCCGCUGGAAUUUGCGGACAUGCCCAUUUUGUGUGCCUGCGUUUCGGUGGGUCUGUUCUGGGUUGGGCCUCGCUGGAUGCAGCCCCACCUGUGCCCCGUGGAAAUUGUGUCGUCAUUAUAAAAUGCGGGGUGGGGGGGGGCAGCAGUCCACACACUGCUUCUCCAAAGACGUGACGGUUUUAAAGCCAUCUCCUUCCAGUCUUAACAGAGUGCUUUAUUUCUGAAAUCAAUGUGCACUAACUCGUCAAGUGGAGGAUGGAGGUCAGUAGUCCUCUGCGGGUAUUUAUUGGAGAAGAAUCACAGCUACUAAUUCUUGACGGUGGAGGGGGCGCAAAGGCCGCCUCUUCCUCUCCAGCGCACGCUCGGUGUGUGCUAUUCCUCGGGCCUUGCAGCGGAGGAAUCGCUCUCCCGAUAAAGGUGCCGUCGGUUUCUGCCUUCUUGGUACUGGCGUUGCUACGUCUCUGUUUCCGAGAGUGUGUGAUUUAAUGGUGAAAGAGUCCUGUGCUGCAACUGGAUGCUUCUCGGUGUCUUGUUGAUGCUGCUGUCCUCCAUAGCUCAGAGGAGCCCUCACCUCUGGAGCAGGUGAACUGGAAGAAAAGCUGUUGGCGGUGGUUAGGCUGCCUCUCUCCCCUCCUGCCCCCCCCCAGUCCUUCUGCUGCACCUCAUCCCCAAUCUUAACAGAUCCUUCUUUAAACUUCCAUCUCUCUCUCUCAAACUCCCCCCCUCCUUCUUUCAUUUCCAGUUAAUUCCUUUACCAUCAUUGGCUUUUCGCUGUCCAGGUAACUGAAGGGGAGUUUAUGAGUGAGACCCAAUACACACUUGCCCUACAGCCCAUUUUCUUUCUUUU